GCUUUUCUUGACCCCGAAUUCGUGCUGCCAUGGCCGGUACUGAUGCCCAGUCAUCGCGUUACUACCCCCGGGAUCCCGUCGAUGUUGACAAGCACGGCCAAGUGACUGGUGAGGACCGAGAGCUCGGCCGGGCCGCCGUCGAUGUAGACCGCAUCGAAAAGGUCUACAAAAAGCUGGACCGGCGUAUCAUUCCUGCCUUCUGGGUCCUCUAUUUCCUUUGCUCUGCCAUUCGUUCCAAUGUCGGCCUUGCACAGACCAUGAACAGUGCGUCUGGCCAUGACCUUGGUACCGUACUGCACAUGACAUCCAAGCAGACAUCGACCGGCCUGGCGUUGUUCUACGUCUGCUAUGUCAUUUUUGAUUGUCCCUCCAACUUGAUCAUGUCGAGGCUCAGCCCGCAUGUAUGGAUGAGCAGAAUCGUCAUUGGGGUUGGCAUCAUUGGCGCCUGUAUGACUGCAAUGAAGGCAGAGUGGAGCUUCUAUCUGCUUCGAUUGCUCCUUGGUAUCGUCAUUGCAGGCAUGUGGCCGGGCAUGUCUUACUACCUCACGCUGUUUUACCCGCCGUCUAGAACCGGCAAGCGAAUCGGGCAGUACUUUACCGCCUCUCAAGUUUCCGCUGCCGUAGUUGGUCUCGUAUCAGCUGGUUUCCAGGAAAUGGACGGAGACCGCGGACUUGUAGGCUUCCAGUGGAUGUUCCUGGUCUAUGGUAUCAUCACCAUUGUCAUGGGAAUUUCUCUGCUUUGGUGGCUGCCUGAUAGACCAGUUGCUCCUGGACAGACUAGAGACAGGUCUGGAUGGAGGAAGUACAUCCCUGAAAGCAAACCGGCUCUUACGGGCGAGGAUGCUAGGAUCCAUUACGAGGACUUGACUAGAGUGUAUAACCACAAGCCGUGGACUCUCAAGGAUCUCUGGCGCGUCCUAAUCGACUGGCGUUUAUGGCCACUGACCAUCAUGUACUUUGGGGUGGUGGGCGUGGGCAUUGGCGUCCAGUUGUAUGCCACCAUCAUCAUCAAGGGCAUCAACGAGGACCUGACAGGCGUGCAGCUGUCACUGCUAACCGCACCAAUCUGGAUCAUGGACCUCAUAGCCAUCCUUAUAGUGACGCCCAUAUCCGACCGCUUCCACCACCACCGCGCGCUUUUCUUCUCCCUCGCAACGCUGAUCCAAAUCGCCGGACUGCUCGUGACGACAUUCGCGCCCCCGCAUCCCUACCCCUGGGCGCGCUAUGGCGGACUCCUAAUGGUCGGCUUCGGGCUCGGGCCGACAGUCCCUCUAACCAUGGCGUGGACGAAUGAAAUCUUCCAGCCACGGCACGGCGAGGUCGGCGUAGCAGCCGCGUCGGCCCUGGUCUCCGGCCUAGGCAACCUAGGCUCCGUCCUCACGACAUACGCGCUUUAUAGCGGGUGGCCGGCGGAUGCGCUGGGCAAACACAAGUACCGCAAGAGCAACUUGGUCAUGAUAGGGAUCCUGGGCGCGAGUAUUAUUGCGGCGGGAGUCAUGUUUGUGGCGCUUAGACUUACGGGAGGCAUUAGAGGGAAGAAGGUCAGUGCUGGAAGUUCAGUGAGCGAGGGCGAAACUGUCAUUGCUGAUGGCGCGGCGAGGAGGGAGGUCCAGCAGAGGGGCUUGGGGAGGUUGUGGUGGUUUACGAGAAGGUAGUGACGCGUGGCAGUGACGCGCGGCGGAGGGCUGGGUUGUUUGUUCCCUUCCCAUUGCCUAGCAGCCUUCACAAUCUCUAGAUAAUCUCUGGUUUUCAAUAAGAAAAACGAAUAUUCCUGUAUCUCAAGGGGUUGUUAACAGGCGAUUGAUCGUUUUCGAGCAUCCAUGUCGUCACACCCAUAUAGGCCUGC